AUCUACUACCGCCUCCGCCGCAUCGACAACAACAACCUACCCCUACUCUACCCUCAGCCCUCACCCUAUCCUAUCUACCACGCUCCUUCAUUUCCUUACCUUCUUUACUCUUCUCCUCAUCAACUCAUUCCUUAGUCCACGACAUCAUACUACCGCCGCCGCCGCCGCCAUCAACCACCGCCUUCUCCGCCUUGACUACCUUUCACAGCUAUUCUUCCCUUACGCCCCUUCGAAGUGAGCUGGAGGGCCUCUUGCCAUGGGCCAGUCCAACUCAAGAGCAUCACCAGAUGCUCGCAUUCGCAGUAGACUGCGUCCUGUAUCGUGGGCCCCUUCAUCGAACCUUCCGACCGACCAUGACCAUCUAAACGCCAGCGAAAGGGAUCCACCUCCGCCAUCGCCGCUACCUCAGAGUUCCACGACACGUCCACGGCCUCUCUCGCAAAGUUUCUCACGCUUUACCAACCUUCUCGCAACUCACCAUGAAGACUCAGUCGCCGGUCCCUCUGAGUCUGAUACGGCUGGAAGUAGUGCCACUCGCCGUCAUCGCCUCCGCAUGUCCAGGGCUCGCAACUCCCUCACCUCAUUCACCUCAAUACCAACCUACCUACAUCGCCGGUUAUCGAGCAGAUCGCAAGAUACUGACUCGGCCUAUGCCUCUUCGCCCUCAUUACUCGCCCCGUCCUCCAACUACGCACCCCAACAGAACCCGAGUUCCGAUGCAGAACCCGAAUCAUAUCUAUCCCAUUUACAAGUGCCUGAGCUGGAUCUCGGUUUCGAUGACAACACACUAGAUCGUGUGUCGAGCAACCAGUCUAUCUCUCGAACACCACGGCGCGUGAGCUCAGUGCGACGUGACGGACGGGCUUCGUCUAUGCUAUCAUCCCUCAGUCGUUCUGACAGGGGCAUCCGAAGCCUCAGCUCGCUUCGCCGACGGAGAUCUCCGGCAAGACGGGAGGAGGAUCAGGCCGUAUUGCUAUCGAGGUUACUAUCUGCGGCGGCAGCUGCUACCGCGGUAUCAUUGAUGGGGGAUGAUCACAGAGCAGUCUCGGAAGCCCGGAGUGUCACGGACGAUGGCGAGGAUGGUACAUUCGACAGCUUCCUACAAGCCUUACAGAAUGGGAGGAUUGCCUCGGCGCUGCGACAGAACGGGAAUCAAGAGGAUGGAGGCGAAGGUCCAGGUGGUUCGCCUGCCCCUCUGAAUUUCUUCAGAAUGUUCAGGUUUGGGUCAAGCGCAGGAAAUCGAAGUUCCGCAAGCAGAUCAGGCAGCAGAGGAGAUGGAGGCACGGCAUCGGACAAUCAAGAUGGUGAGGAGGAAAAUGGUAGAAUGAUACCGAUCAUCAUCGUUGGCAUACGCUCGAUAAAUCCGAACGUUGGGAACGCACAAGACGACAACAUCCCACCGUUCCUGGAUGCUCUCUCCAGUUUUCCGACCCCCCUGACAUCUCCUGGAGACCACACAGUAGACGGCAUGCUUCCACAACCACAACAGAGGUUCAGUCACAGACGACGUGCCUCUAUGGGCGGCCUGAAUCCUUUCCCUUCCAAUACCGACGCCCAAAGAUCAUAUCGCGCCCCGGAGCGCCCUCGACCAUGGUCCACCGUCGCUGACUCUCCAUCCGGUCCUCUCCCCCCACCCUCUACCCCAGCCAGUUCAGGACUGUCUGCCGUCUCGUCAGGUACAAACACACCCACCUUCUCGACAUCGCCGCCUUCACCCACUGUGCAAUCUUCUGCGCCUUCACGACGCGGUAGCUUCAUCCGUAGAGCCACUGGAUCCAACCUUGAGCCGACAGCCGAGGAGCCUGAAUCACAGAGACGUCUCCCUAGGCAGCGCCGCAACAGUGAGUCCGACUUCACGCCAAGAUUUGGAUCGGGCUCUUCACGCAGGAACGGCGUCGUUGAGCCUGACCACAAUCCCGGAGAAGGAUCGAGGAGUUGGAUUAUCUAUGUGCUUGGAGGGAGCUACCCCGAGAACCACCCCAUUCUUACAACGCCGAGUCUAUUUACCGAUUCUCCUACAUAUGAGGAUAUGAUGCUCUUGUCAUCGCUUUUGGGCCCCGUCAAGCCGCCAGUUGCUAGUGAAGAAGAUGUAGCUAAUGCCGGAGGUCUCUUUACGAUCCGGGCAUUUGCGGGACAGCUCGUCGCGACAGCAGUCGAUGAAUCUGACACGCUCGCAUUGGAGCCGAAUGCACGCUGUCAAGUGUGCUUGUGUGAUUUUGAGGCGGAGGAAGAAGCGAGGAGGCUGAUCAAGUGCGGACAUUUCUUCCACAGGGAAUGCAUCGAUCAGUGGCUCACUACCGGACGUAAUUCUUGCCCCCUUUGCAGAGGCCAAGGCGUCAACGAGAAGGAGGCCGAAUCUUCACAAUCUACUACCGAUGUCAGCGAUAUGGCCAAUCCCAACACUGUUGCGUAGUAUCCACUUGCUAUCUAUAGCAGAGUUACUCACCACAAGACCUUCUAGCGAAGGUCCUCAAAAACAGACGCAUACACUUUACUCUGUUCGAUCUCACCAAAAGUUCUGACAAGUACGACUCGUUACGAAGUUCUCACCAAAUUGGAACUCAAAUUAACGACUUUCUUUUUCAAUAAUCUUGGCUCAUGAGGCAGCAUUUUCGGAAGAUAUCCAAGAGGGCGACACCUUUCAUUUUUGGUUUCUUUUUUUUUAGUUAUGAUUGAUUGCCAUUUGCAGCGUUUGGCGUUGGUGUUCUGGGGGGUGCCCUCUAUCCACCCCCGAUCUCGAAGUAAUAAAUAUAUUGGGCUACUUGACGGAUUGAUUCC